GUUCUCGAGGACAAUGCACGAUCCUUCACCGCACACUUUACGUCACGCGUAGUCUACGUGAAGCGAGAGUUCGAUAAAUAUACGCACCUGUCAAAUCGAUCCGCAAUGGCCGGGAUAAAAGAUUAGUAUUGCUAGCAUUUGCUGGUUCCAUUGGAAUGACUUUUGUAAUUCUUGGCUGUGCAUUACCAAUAUACAAGGUAUGGUGGCCAUUUUUUGUAGUGCUGUUCUACAUAUUGGCACCUAUUCCAACCAUAAUAGCACGUCGUUACACAGAUGACUCGGGUAGCACCAGUAAUCCAUGUUUAGAAUUGGCAAUAUUUAUUACCAUGGGAUUUGUGGUAUCAUCAUUUGCUCUUCCAAUUGUGUUGGCGCGAUCUCCGGCAGAUGAGCCAGUGAUACAAUGGGGCGCGUGCUACUUGACGUUAGCAGGUAAUAUUGUUGUAUACUCAACUCUAGUCGGAUUUUUCAUAACUUUUGAUCAAGAUGAUACUGAUUACAAUAUGUGGUGAAGCACUGCUACAUUGUACUUAUAUGUCUUGGGAAAAAUUUUGUACAAGAUUAGAGGAACAAAUCAAUCAUGCAGUGCACUGACUGAAAGCUAUAUGUUAAUUCUAAAUUACUGCGAACUUAUUGUACACAGGUUACACGUAAUAAUAUAUGAACUUUAAUAUAUGUGAAAAUUCUCUCUAAUAUAUAUAUAUAUAUCAAUACUGCAAAAAAAAAAUACUAUAGUGCACUAACAAUAGAACGUGUCAAUGAUAAUACUAUACACUAUUUGUUAAUGACGAUUGGACAUUGACACACACAUGAUGUCCAGAAAAAGCAUUUGAUGAUUUUAGAUUUUUCGUAUAUAAGAAUGUUCAGGAUGUAGCCUGAAUCGUAACAAUGCAAGGAUGAUGUUGAAAAUAUUUUUUAUUUAAUCUAAGUCUCUUUCAUAAUAAUAAUGAUAAAACAAA